UGGGAACACGAUGCAUUUCUAGGAAGUGGUUCGGUAAGAAAAACAAGGUAAUGCGCAGCAGUAUAGCAAAAAAAUGGAAGGAUCUAAGUGGCCAAAAGAAUUGGGGAGAGCUUUUGGACCCUUUAGACAUUGAUCUCCGGCGUUACAUUAUUCACUAUGGAGAAAUGGCUCAAGCUGCCUAUGAUGCUUUCAACACCGAGAAGGCAUCGAAAUUUGCUGGGAGUAGCUUGUAUGGCAAGAAAGAUUUCUUUUCUAAUGUGAAUUUGGAGAAAGGCAAUCCUUAUAGGUACCAGGUGACGAAAUUCUUGUACGCGACAUCACAGAUUCAAGUCCCUGAAGCGUUUAUCGUGAAGCCGAUAUCGAGGGAAGCUUGGAAUAAAGAAUCAAAUUGGAUCGGGUACGUUGCGGUGGCUACGGAUGAAGGGAAAGCAAUGUUGGGAAGGAGGGACAUUGUGAUUGCUUGGAGAGGAACGGUGCAGACCUUGGAAUGGAUCGAUGAUUUUGAGUUUAACAUGGUUUCACCUGGGAAAAUAUUGGGUGAUCAACGAAGUGAUGUUAAGGUGCAUGAGGGUUGGUACUCGAUUUACACCUCGGAUGACCCACGUUCGCCCUAUAACAAAAGCAGUGCCCGGGACCAGGUUCUUAACGAGGUCAGGAGACUAAUAGACCAAUUCAAGAACGAGGAAAUAAGCAUCACAAUCACCGGCCACAGUUUAGGUGCAGCCCUUGCAACUUUGAAUGCCAUCGACAUAGUUGCCAAUGGAUAUAACAAGCACCAAAACCAGUCGAGCAAGGCCGCUCUUGUUACAGCCUUUUUAUUCGCUAGUCCCCGAGUUGGCGACUCAGACUUCAAAAAGGCAUUUACAGGUUUCAAAGACCUUCGAGCUUUACGCGUAAGAAACGCCUUAGAUGUCGUCCCAAACUAUCCUUUGAUAGGGUAUUCGGAUGUGGGAGAAGAAUUGGGUAUCGACACCCGUAAAUCAAAGUACGUGAAGAGUCCUGGGAACUUAUCAAGUUGGCAUAAUUUGGAAGGUUAUUUACAUGGGGUGGCUGGCACACAAGGUAGUGAAGGAGGGUUUAGUUUGGUUGUUAAUCGUGAUAUAGCCCUUGUGAACAAAUCACUCGAUGGGUUAAAAGAUGAAUACAUGGUGCCAGUGUCUUGGAGGGUUCGGAAAAACAAAGGUAUGGUCCAAAAAGAAGAUGGGUCUUGGAAAUUGAUGGAUCAUGAAGGUCAAGAUGAUGAUUAUUUUUAAAUGCUUUACCCUUGGUUAUGCUUGAUGACAUGGGGUUCAAUGGGGUUGAAAGAUGAAUUUUUCUCUGUAUGUUUUUUUUUUAUUGCACUAGGUGUCUAAUGUCGUGAGAGUCAAUACUGUGAACAAUACUAGUAAACAUAAAAUGUUGAAGUGGUCAAUUUUAGUCUCUACAAAUUUCUAAUUUUAAAAUUUUAGUAUUGAUCUAAACAAUAGUAGUAGUUAAAAUUUUCUAUUAA